AUGAAGGUGGAAGGCACAUCCCUGGGCAUCAAGCCCAAGCCUACCGCCCAACCACCAGCCCCGCAGUCCUCCACCAAAAGGCCUCCCCCACCGAAGGCUACGAAGGCGACCAACGAGCUGCGCGUGGACGGCACGAGGAUGGAGGAACAAGUCCUCCAUUCCAUCCUCAUCAUGGUCCAAGCCUGCACCUUCAACAUCGCCUUCACCUCCAACAACACCGUGGUCACCCUGAUACGCGCCAAUACGCCAGCGCAGGUGUGUGACGUGCUGAAGGGCCUGAUCAUGGUGCUGUGCGUCUCCAUGAUGCACUACGUGGACUACUCCAUGAUGUACUACCUCAUCCGAGGACAGUCGGCCAUCAAACUCUUCAUUAUCUACAACACGUCGGAGUUGGCAGAUCGGCUCUUGGCCUCUUUAGGUCAAGACAUCCUGGACUCUCUAUACUGGACGGCCACAGAAUCCAAGGUCCGGAAAAGAGACAGUAAAAAAGUCAUCUUUCACUUCCUCUUGGCCGUCUUCUACGUCUGUAUCCUUCUGGCUCAAAUCAACAGCAGCAUAACAGCAGAGCACCUGUGGCCGUUCUUUCUCGAUUUCUUCAUGGUCAUCUGCUCUGAUGUUGUUUUCGUCAUUUUAAAACACAUUUUCACCAUCAGGUUUAAUGACAUCACUGAAGAAGUGUACAGUGAAUACAGAGCCAGUCUGGCCUUCGAGCUCGUCAGUAGUCAACAGGACAAUGCUAGUACUGAAUACUGUGACGCACUGGCUCGGACGAUGGAUCUCACCCCUCUGCCUUUGGCUGUUGUGCUUAUCCGAGCGCUGUUGACUACAUUCAAGGUGCAGGGAACCCCAUAUACGUGUGUUUUCCUUUUUUAUCUUGGGUUGGUUACACUUAAAGUGUUUAACAGCAUUGUGCUCCUGGGGAAGUCGUGUGUUUACGUCAAGAGAGCCAACGUGGAGGACAAACUGUUUGAGAAGCCCUCCACCCCCACUGCCUCUUCCUGA